UGGUGGAACUAAACCAACAUUUUUUGUGCUCUGAUACGCAUUGUCGUUACAUUCGCCGUAUUAAUUGCUUUUAAGAGUAGGGAACAGCUUGUCCAUUCCCGUUUUACGCCCAAAUCGUUCUCAGUAACCCUCAAUCGCUUUUGAUCAAGACCGAUUUAGCCCUACAUUCCCAAGAUUUAUCAACUACGGAACUAGGGUUCUUGACAUCCGAGCUUAACAUUGCUCGAGAAUGAAUUGCUGUUUUAGAUGGAUCAUUCGGUUCAAAUGAUCAUAAUUCAUAACUUUGUGCGAUGCAUGUGGUAUAUAGGAUCUUCAUCUGGACUUUAAGCGAGCGGGAUCGAGUUUGAGCAUCACAUAGAUUUCAAGUUGAAAAUGGCGACACCCUCCUUAAUUCUCAACUUCAAAUAUCUCCAACUUCUGAUCUUCUUGUUCGCAUCAAAGGCAUUUGCCAUUAGAAAAGACACCAGUUUCCUAGAAACACAAUUCUGCAGAACAACAGUUCAAGGAAGAUAUUUAAUAACCGAUCAUACAGGUUACGUAUGUGAUGCCCUAUCACUAGAUCCAAAAUCACACUGCUGUCGACUAAAAAGAGAUCAAUACAGUUGCCAAGGCUGCAAUCUUGUUUCACAAUGCUGCAACUCCUAUGAAUACUGUGUUUCUUGCUGCCUAAAUCCUCAACGAACACAAAUCGAUCAAGCAACAAGGGUCAAAAUCGCCAAACCAGUAACUUCAGGGACUUAUUCAACUCUUUUCGAUUACUGUGCUGGAAGGUGUCGUCAUAAUUCCGAAAGUGUCGUUCAUGAAAACGCGUAUCUGAGUGAAUUUCAUCAUUGUUUUGCCCCACCAUCAAACAAUUCGGUCGGAAUCACUGAUUCCCAGAUUGAAGUCAGACUGCUUGGGAUUAAUGUUAUUGUUGGAAAACAAGGGGAAUCGUGUGAUUCCGUUUGCAAAACAAUAGGGCAAUCGUGUGUUGGGAGCAAAUUCGCGCUUAUUAAUCAAUGUGAAAUUAUGCAAAAGUAUAUGAAAUGUAGAGGAUCAUGUCUUGCAAGUAUAGGAGCUGAUCAACCUGCUGAAGUUGUUGAAGAUGCCCCUAGAGAUUUGAAUCCUGGUGCGUGUUUAUACACACGAAGACCUUCAUUGCUUUCUUGUGAUGGAUCUCAUCAGUAUACAAGGAGACUUUGCCCCUGUGCUUGAAUAAGAUUCAUUUCCUACAUGAUGAUUGAUGAUCGACCCAAUUCAAGUGUGAAUCACAAAGUGAGGCUGCUUGCAUUAUGAGAAGAACUGAAGAAGAAAGAUGAUUGUGUUGUAUGAUGAAUGUAAUGCUACCAAAAAGAUCAGGUUAGUUAAAGUUGUUUACUUGUCAUCAAUCUAAAUCCAUUACUAACUUGAUGAUGAUCGAAUGGGAAGGUGUAGUAAAGUUUUGUGUUUGCCAGAAAACAUUUUUUUAUUAAUGAAAAUUCUUUUACUCA